AUGGAUAGAGUUGGAAGUUCUGGAGAAGUAAUUAGUUUAGAGGACUUAGAAAAACAAGCGUAUAGAGCUCAUCCUGAAUAUCACCAAUAUUAUUUCCAACAAAAGCCUGCUGAUCCAAGAUUACCAAAACCAUUAUUUGCUUGGAACCUUCCAAAAGGUUAUGAAAGUGUUUUAAAGAAAGCAUUUAAAACAACACCAUUUAAUUUAGAUAAAAUAUUAGAGGGUUUAUCAGGUCCUAAUCUUCGAAAUGAAUUAAGAAUCGAAAAUGAAGAAAGUUAUGAAGAAGAAGAUGACGAUGAUAAUAGUGAAGAAGAUAACAGUGAAGAAGAUAAUACAAAUGAAAGUUCAGAAGAAGGUAACAGUGAAGAAGAUAGUGAAGAAGAAAGUGAGAGUAGUGAAGAAAGUUCAGAAGAAGAGGAAAGUGAAAGUUAUGAAGAAGAUAAUCAAAUGAAUAGAUAUUCACGUUACCAACAACAAUAUCAACCUAAUUACCAAUAUAAUGGAAAUAGUUAUCCAAUAAACUUUGGAUAUAUAUAUCCAAUAAAUGACAAUGUUACUCUUGACUAUGUUUCAAUGAGUAAAGAACAUAAUGACCAAUAA